AUGAUGAAGCACCUGACGUUUCACUUUGAAGAGGAGUGCAACGAAAUCAUGGUGAGGCUGGGAAACUUCCUACAAGUAUCCCCCCAUCUGUUAUUUAAAGACGUGUGUGUAAAACUGAACAAGCUGUUUACCAAUCUGUAUACAUAUGAUAAUGAAAACGUCCCCUUCGCCACGACGCAACAUACACUGAAUGUAACAGACGACGUCAUCAAACAUAACAAAUUUAAAAUUUACUGCGUCCUCGGAUUGAAGGUGUUGCGAAUUUUCCUCAUCAAAUAUUUGAGGAGCUUACGAUUAUGCAUCCCCGUGGAGGUCAGAAAAAGAUACAUUCUAGAUUUUCUAAAAAUUGGAUAUUUGUCUAAAGUAUAUGAGUCGAGGUAUGGCCUCAUUGAGUUCCCCGUGUUUGAGCGGCUAUCUCAGAAGCUGAAGGCCAAGCUGCUUUACUUCUACAUAGCUUUAAAACCGCAAGACGUUUCAAAUGUGCUCAUAAAAAUUUUUAAAGCGGCCAACUAUAAGGAUGAAAAUGAGCUACUAUACAGGUAUGUUUACACCUCCAGGUUUACCUCAAGGGGGGGAAAGAGAUUUCAUAAAAUUCUGUCCAAGGAGUACCUUCAAUUAUAUGAGAAAGAGAAACUGGUGAGGAGGCACCGUUGUGAGGAUGACUUGCUGUGGGUUCGUUUUUUCUCCCUUCUGAAGUUGCACAACCCGGAGGUGGUGGGGGAGAAGAAGCUGCUGAAGCAGACCUACCGCCUCGUCUUCAGCAAAAUGGGCUUCUCGAACGACGGGCUGGUCCGCCUCUUCGAGCGGCGCGGCUUUCGCAUCUUUGGCGCCGCGGAAGGUGGGCUAAACACACCAAACGGGCUGAGCACACCAAACGGGCCGAGCACACCAAACGGGCCGAGCACACCAAACGGGCUGAGCACACCAAACGGGCCGAGCACACCAAACGGGCUGAGCACACCCGACGCCCCCCCCUCGCGCACCACCCGGGAGAAAGUCCAAAUCGGCGGCCAGCGAAAGGCGCAACUGCUCAGCUACCUCGGCAACCUCAAAACGUUCAUUUCUAACUACAUUCGCUGGAAGAAGAGCAUACACCACAGCUUCCACGUGCUGAAGACCAAUGUGGACGUUCCUAGGGAUCCCCUGCACGACGAGGCAGUGACUCCGCGCACGAACGUGUUUCACGCAGCUCGGUGUAGCGACCCAGAUGGGGGCGCCUCCCCUUCCUCCCCCCCGGGGGACGUCGAACUCUACUGCAAAACCGUCAUGAACAACACGGUCGAUUUAAUCCUCGACGUUAUGAUCGAGGCCGCGGGGUUCCGCGACAUGGCAACCCUCUUCGGCAUAUACAGCUCGCUCAAGGGGAGCAAGGACUUCAAGCUGGUCCACUUCAGGGGGAAAUUUUGA